AUGGAUGCAUCUAACCCUCCCUCCAUCGACCCGCAACCGUCGGACUCCGAGGAUGUCAAUACUAGGCAGAAUUUGAGCAAUCCCCUCCAAGUCCCCGAGUCCAAGUCAGGCGAGGAUGAGGAGGCAAAAGAGGAGGACGCCCAUACACCUGCUGAGUCUGAACCCGAACCCGAGCCUGAAGCUCCACCUGAGCCCGAACCCGAACUAGAGCCAGCGCCAGUACCAGAGCCAGCAUCAGAGCCAGCACCAGAACCAGCGCCAGAACCAGUGCCCGAGCCUGAGCCCGAACCCGAACCGAAACGGGAGCCAGAUCUCGAGCCCGGACCCGAGCUAGAGCCCAAACCCGACGUCCCUUAUCCGCGAAAUCCCGACUUCGUUGGUCGUUCUGCAGCCCUCAGCCAAUUAUUUUCAAUGUGGAAGCCUGGUCGCAAGGGGCGAAUUGCUGUUGUUGGCCUUGGUGGAAUCGGAAAAACAGAGUUAGUAGUUGAAUUUGCCUAUCAGCUACGAGCAGCCUCGCCCUCGACGCCAAUAUUCUGGUUCAGAGCAGUGGAUCUGCUGCCCAGCACGGAAGCUGCUCCUCCUAGCCCAGUUUUUACAACGGCCAUCCAGCUACAUCGAUGGUUGAAACCGGACCGUAGCCCUGGUAGUGUGGUCAUCGUGGAUUCUGGCGACAGGUUCGAGGAUCUGCUUCGAGAUCUUCCUGGGAAUGGCCCGCUACUUGAUAAACUACGACUUUUUCCCGGCACUGUUAUUCUGUUGGCCAGGAGUGCGCAGCAUGGCCGCCAACUAGUCAGUCCUUAUGACCUAUGCGAGAUUGGGAACUUGGAGAAUGAAGCUUCAAUUAAGCUGUUGCGUGGUAGACUUGGACCCUGUGCCCAAGGAUCACCAACUGAGCUUGAAGAAGUGGUUCAAUUAAUGGCCCAUUUACCGCGAGCCAUUCUUCAAACUGGGCGGCUUAUCACCACCACCGGGAUGACGGUUUCUCAAUUCCUCCAAUUAUCCAGCAAAGGGGAUGCAAUGAGGCUUCGUCUCUUUGCCAAAAUUGAACGAUUUUCAGAGCCUGAUCAUAGGUUUUCAGUUUUCGGCAAAGGGGUUUUUGAUGUCGGGCCAUUUCGAAGGGAGUUCCCCGAUGUCAGUCAAAUGCUAUACCAGCUUUAUUUCCUAGGUGGUAAUUCGGUACCGCAAAGCCUUUUCUCCAUGACAGAUCCUCUAGAUAUGAUCCUCAUCCUGGUUAUUCUAAAGGGGCACUUUUUAAUUACUGAAGAUACAUCGAACGGCACUUAUUCACUUCAUCCUCUCGUAUAUUUGGCCAUGCGAAAGAUCUUUCUCAGCGAACGGCUCGAAGAGGAGGAAGACGAUAUCAAAGAGGAACGUGAGUGGUAUGAGGAUAUUAUGACGACAUUUUCGGAGUUCUAUCCAGAUUCGAACAAUGAGGAUAGGGCGUGGUGGAGAGGGUGUUUUGCUCAAUUCCUUCUUGGGUGCGACUUGCAAAUAUAUUCUCUGCGACUUGCCGUGGCCACAGUACAUAAGAAAGAGUCGGCUUACUUCAAACGAAAGGGUCGGUAUUCGGAAGCCCUGAAGAUGGCGGUCCUAGCCAAGAAUUCUCUUCCCCAUCCUGUUCCUGCGGAACACCUAAGCAUUAUACAGGACCAAGUUACUCUCUUAGAACUACUUGGAAAGUACCGCGACGUUGAAAGUGCACUCCAGGCUUGGCCAUCAGAUGAUGAGCAAUCUAUGGUAUUGUGGAAGCGGAGAAUGCAAGGGAGGCUGGAACAAGCCGAAGGAGCAGAUCAAUAUAAUUCUACUGUUGAGAUUUUUCGACAGGUACGGAGUUCCUGGGAAAUUGCGGGCAAUUCGUCGCCUGAUCUCUUGCAAGCCAUAGACGACUAUGGAUGGGCGCUUAUGCUGAAAGGGAGGUAUCAGGAGGCUGCGAAUGAGUGCCGGAAAGCCCUCGUUGAGAGAACUAUCCUCUUAGGAAGCUCUCACCUCGAUACUCUUACCAGUUUUCAUCAUCUCUCUUUGAUCUUGAAAUUUCAGGGAAAAUACGAUGAAGCGCUGCACUAUGCCCAAGAGGCAAUUCGGGGCAGAGAAAGUGCUCUGGGGCCCGACCAUCCCGACACCCUCGAGAGCCAAAUUUUCAAGGCUAGGAUCCUCAUCUCCACAGCCGUGUCGUUGUUGGAUUUUGAUGAAGCGGAGACACUUCUUGUGGACUCUUCAAACCGCCUGAGUGGAAUAUUACCAGAAACACACCCCCUUAUCAUGGCAUGCAGGAGUGACCGAGCUCUUAUCAUGCUGGCUCGUGGGAAAUAUGAUGCUGCGGAACAGAUGAACAGAGCUACACUUUCGACGAGGCAGAAAGGGCCGUGGAUGGAGCCUUCAACUCAUCCUGACACUUUGACAAGCAAACAUCAACUUGCAGAAGUCUUGAAGCAUAAGGAUGGGUGCCGUGUUGCUGAUUCUCUUAGCGAUGAGGUCUUGGCCGAGAGAACUCAAAUUUUAACAAAUGGAAAACUCACUGGAGACGACUUCCACCCUGACCAACUCACCAGUCUUCACCACCGAGCCAUUGUCCUCUCUGGUUUAGGCGAGCACUUGGCAGCUUUGCAAAAGAUCGACCUAGCUCUAACGGGACGACGUACUCUCCUAGGAAACAAUCACCCCGAUGUAUAUCUUAGCAUGACAUGGAAAGGCGAAAUUAUGCGCUCACACCUCCCGAACGAUGACAGCCAACGAGCCCAAGCUCUAGACGCAAUAGAGCAGCUUCACAGACAAGCUCUCCAUGGCCUGACAUGGAUUUUCGGGACCGAGCACCAUAACACCCUCCAAUGUCUGACAAACGCAGCACUUGCCAAAAAUGAGCGUGGCCGGGCUGGCCAAGAAGAGGCGGAGACAGUGUAUCGGGUAGUCUAUGGGGCGUACCGCCGCAGCCUGGGAGACCUACACCCAGAGAGCCUUAAGAGUAAGUCGAGGCUAGCAGAGUCGAUGCGGAUUGUGAGCCCGAGUUAUUAUCGAGAGGCCAGGAGGCUGUGGAGAGAGGCUUGUGGGGGGUUCUCGAAACUCCUUGGUCCCGAUGCUUAUUUGACCGUGGCAGCUUAUAGGGGCUAUGAGAAAUUUCUGAGGAAGUAUCCUGACCCAUGA